GGCGUUUCUCGACUGUCACGCCGCCGUAUCCGGCCGCGUUGUUAUAAAUAUUUUCCGUCUCACCCAGCGCGUGGGCGCGUGCAUACGGCGUUACCACACGCUGCAGACACGCGUACAUACAUACACUCGGUUCGCGUCAAUUGGACAGCCAGUUAAGCUCAGCCAGACAAACAGUCAUUUGCUCCGUCGGUCGGUCGGUCGAUCGGUCGGUUGGUUGGUUGGUUGGUUAGUCAGUCAGUCGCGUCGCUGCUGCGAGAAUAGUGCGCGGAUCUUGUCGUAGUUUUUCGCCGCGGAUGCGAUCGCCUUAUUCGAUUCUUCCUCUCACAUCUUCGGCGGCUCUUCGUCAUCGUCAUUGUCACCGGCAUCAUCAUCGUCGCCGUCACUGCGAUACCUUGAGCCAAAGUAUCUGUGCAUCAGUGUGCGAGAGACGUAAUGUCGAGCCACGACCCGAUGUUGAUAGCUACGGACGAGAUCGACGGUAUAUGGCCCUUCCUGCAGAGUAUCGACUGGAGAGAUCCUUGGCUAGCCGUACUGUUGACUUUUCACAUUGCCAUCACGAUGACUGCGUUAAUGACCAGGAAUCAUGCGAACUUUCAAAUCAUUCUUUUCCUUGUACUUCUGCUUCUUGUUUAUUUCUCGGAAAGUAUUAAUGAGGUAGCAGCGACUAAUUGGAUGGUCUUCUCCAGACAACAAUAUUUCGAUUCCAAAGGCUUAUUUAUAUCCAUCGUCUUCUCCGUACCUAUCCUAAUGAAUUGUAUGAUUAUGGUGGCCAGUUGGCUUUAUCAGUCCAGUCAAUUGAUGACGAGCCUAAAGCGAGCCCAGCUGCGGCAGCAAGCGAAAAAUCGCCAGUUGGUAGACGGCGAGGCGUCAAACGGCAGGGUCAGUCGGCCAAAACAGGAAUGAAACCCGAAGAUCUAGUCAUACCGCGGACAGAAUGCAAUAGGAAUACGGAGAUAUUCGUUUAUUUAAUUUAAGGACAAAGCGCGGACUCUCUAUAUAUUUACACGUUGACUUAAAAAGCUAGAUAGGUUUCACCAGAGCGCUGUGUAUCGCGUCCGUGUCAAGGUACAGGACAGUGGCGAAGGAGGCGGCAAAAAUCAGAGAGAGAAAGAAAGAGAAACAACGUGAUAUAAACGUAAUAUAUACGCACGAACGCGAUACACGUUCCACGGCGUAUAUUACGUUUUCGACUUCCAACCAGCGACGCCCCUCCUCUCGUCCUGCCGUCGCUUACGAGCCUGCUGUGUGUAUACUUCGGCCAUCGUCGAUUCGAUAAACGGCCGUAGUCUCGAUUGUGAAAUAACGCUUUUAAUCAGUUUGACAUUUCAAAGGAAGGCGAAGUACGGUAGCACGAUAUAUCGAGACGUAUCAAAGUAAUAGCACACGCGUCGGAACUGCCUAGUCAAACUGUCCGUUAGGACGGUACCCCUGUCCCGUCGGACAUUGUGCCGUGAUUACAACGACAUCGCGAAGUUGAGCCGGCCGACGCCGGAAAACGAACGUGGAAUUAAACGAGAGAGAUAAUCAACCGCGCGCAGCGAACAAUAACUACGCGCGAUAUUAGCGCGACGGCGAACGCUGUUAUAUACCUUAUAUCAUCAUUUAUAAUUAAGGAACAUUCCGGUAGUUGAUUUCAGUUUUUUUUGAUAUAUUGAGAUGCUGGUCGUGAAUCAAAGUGUUCUUAAAUGUCGUAAUUAACGUACUUAUAAUAUCGCAUAAUAAUAGCGCAGUUGUGUGUGUAUGUGUGUGUGUAUGUGUGUGUGUGUGUGUGCGUGCGUCUCUCACUUUCGCCUCGUAACAGCUCUGCUGUAAGGAGUCGGAAUAUAGCAUUACGUAAUUAAGGGCCCUAGCGCACGAUAUAAAACGUUGUGUAUGCGUGCAUCAGCGUGUGUGUGUGCGUGCAUACGUGCGAGCAUGAGUAAGCGUGUUGAAUGUGCGCGCGGAUGACACUCCUCGAAGGAAGUAACAAGCCGUCAGAGUAGACGAGUAUUGCGUGCGUUGUUAUCGCGUGUCAAGCUUUCCUAAGUUGUAUAUUGAUGUAAAUCAAAGCGCAUUAUCUUGCCGCCUUAAUAUGUAACGCGCGAGUUAAUCCUUUUCCCGCGGAGGAUGCGGCAGAGUGUGCAGCGAGAUGGAACUUUGUCUCCGCCCCACCCCUUCCCCACUACUGAUUAUGUAUUGCGUGCAACGCGUGGCGUAUUUUACAUAUUUCUAAUUCACAACUCUCGAAUAGUUAAUUGUUAAACGACCCUGAAUUAUUCAUACAUUCGAAACGUCAUUCGAAUUCAUCACUUUGAUGAGUUGUAUAGUUUUCUAACUCUCUGUAACAUAUUGUACAUUUUGCUUCUUCUCUUGUUUUUUCUUUUUUAGAUAUAUGACUCUUGAGUAGACUCUGAGCGUAAGCUCUUCAAGUGUGAAAUAAACUAUCUUAUCGUUUGGUCUCAGGUCUUUUGUACGCGAGUCUUUUCGUUGACAUUGCACAUAUUCGUUAUUAUUUUCUCCAGUUAAUUGUAGUGAAUUUUCCGAACAAGUGCCAGGAAACGAGUUAACUUUUAUCAGCGGGAAAGGUUUAGCUGUUUUAAGAUAAUAAAGUAUUUGUUCAUAUAA